GUUCAGCCAGUCGCGCUGGUUUCGCCGCGUUGGGCUGAUCCUGCGUCCUCUCCAGGUCGCAGCCCCUCCCGAAAGCUGGGCAAGGGGACCAUCCCUGGCUGUGAGCUCUCUGCGGUCCUCGGGUGCAGGCCACCAUGAGCAAACGGAAGGCGCCGCAGGAGACGCUCAACGGGGGCAUCACCGACAUGCUCACAGAACUCGCAAACUUCGAGAAGAACGUGAACCAGGCUAUCCACAAGUACAAUGCCUACAGAAAAGCAGCAUCUGUGAUAGCAAAGUACCCACACAAAAUAAAGAGUGGAGCAGAAGCUAAGAAACUGCCUGGAGUAGGAACAAAAAUUGCUGAAAAGAUUGAUGAGUUUUUAGCUACUGGAAAAUUGCGUAAACUGGAAAAGAUUCGGCAGGAUGAUACGAGUUCAUCCAUCAACUUCCUGACUCGAGUUAGUGGCAUUGGUCCUUCUGCUGCAAGGAAGUUUGUAGAUGAAGGAAUUAAGACAUUAGAAGAUCUCAGAAAAAAUGAAGAUAAAUUGAACCAUCAUCAGCGAAUUGGGCUAAAAUAUUUUGAGGACUUUGAGAAAAGAAUUCCUCGUGAAGAGAUGUUACAAAUGCAAGAUAUUGUACUAAGUGAAGUUGAAAAAGUGGAUUCUGAAUACAUUGCUACAGUCUGUGGCAGUUUCAGAAGAGGGGCAGAGUCCAGUGGCGACAUGGAUGUUCUUCUGACCCAUCCAAGCUUUACCUCUGAGUCAACCAAACAGCCAAAGCUGUUACAUCGUGUUGUGGAGCAGUUACAAAAGGUUCAUUUUAUUACAGACACUCUGUCAAAAGGGGAAACAAAGUUCAUGGGUGUUUGCCAGCUUCCCAGUAAAAAUGAUGAAAAGGAAUAUCCACACAGGAGAAUUGAUAUCAGGUUGAUACCCAAGGAUCAGUAUUACUGUGGUGUCCUCUAUUUCACUGGGAGUGAUAUUUUCAAUAAGAAUAUGAGAGCUCAUGCCCUAGAAAAAGGCUUCACAAUCAACGAAUAUACAAUCCGUCCCUUGGGAGUCACUGGAGUUGCUGGAGAGCCGCUGCCCGUGGAUAGUGAGAAGGACAUCUUUGACUACAUCCAGUGGAAAUACCGAGAACCCAAGGAUCGAAGUGAAUGAGGCCCAUCCUCCCCGGCACAGCCCAAUAGUUGCCUGACUUCGACAUGAUAGUCCAGGACCACAGUCACAGCGCUGGAAGAUUUCUGGAGCUUGCGCGGUAUCUUUGUGCGCUCUCCUAGAGCAGACCUGUCCCUCCAAUGGGACCGGUUUACAAAUUUUAGUCCAAAAAUGACGAGCACAGCAAAGUCCAGGUCCACAGUCGAAAGUUCUAAGACAGCUUUCUCCCUCUUGUCCUGUAACGAGAUUGAUACGGGCUUUAGUAAUAAGCAGGGGGAAUGGUGGCUUGUGAGGGCAUGACUGGGUUAGGGCGUGGGGUGUAGGAUAAGGUCGCAAAGUAAAGAUAGAGCAACAGCAUGCCUGGCUCCUGGGCUGAAAGCAACAAUGGAGUGGACAUCUCUGUCUUCCCAAACACAAUUUACUACUUUAUAAAGUUAAAACAUUUAUUAAAGAAAGAUGGGAUUUCCAGUCUUGAGACAUGAAAUAAGUAUCACUCAUCAGUGUUUUAUUAAAUGGGAUUUGUACUGACCCAAAGAGAGACCACUACUUACCCAGGGGGCAAUUAGCCGCCUUCAACAAACAAGAAUGGCCAAUUCACCACCUUCAAAAUCCUAGCUGCUUUACGUCAGAGACUGGAAUUUGAGACUGCAAUUUUGUAAAAAGCAUCUUAGUGAAGUUUGUAUUUUGUCCGAGAAUGAAACGUUAUUGCAUCUAUGUUCAUCUCUCUUUUAUUUUGUAUUCUGAGGAUCUAGAAAGGGAAAUUUCUAUUUGUUAAAUUAUAGGCUAUAAAAGAUGUGCAUAUAAAAUUUAAUUAAACAAUUAAAGGCUUUCUUGCUAA